UCCUGCUGGUGUGGCCUCCAUUUUGUCUGUGGGUGCGAGGAGAGCCAGAGCUCUGAGGGACCUGAUUCCCUUCUGAGGGCCUGACUGGCAAUCUCUGCAUUCUGAGAAGAAGGAGAAGAGUGUUAGGAAGAGGCUGCCUCAGCCUCACUGUGAUGGGCGCAUGAUUUCUCCGAGCUGUUUGGGGGGCAAAGAACUGAGGAGAAGAUGCUGAGUGAGGACCCAUCAGGCUCAGAUGCGCCAUGCCAAGGCUUCAGGCAGCGCUGCUACCAGGAGGCCGAGGGGCCUCGAGAGGUUGCCAGCCGACUCCACAGCCUUUGCCAUCAGUGGCUGAAGCCAGAAAGGCACACCAAGCAGCAGAUCAUCGACCUGGUGGUCCUUGAGCAGUUCCUGACCAUCCUGCCUGUGGAGAUGGAGAGUUGGAUCAGAGAGUGCGGAGUGGAGACCAAUUCCCAGGCGGUGGCUCUGGCAGAAGGUUUCCUCCUGAGCCAGGCAGAGGAGGAGAAGCAGAAAGAGCAGCAGAUGCGAGGCCUGGUGCCAGAAGCAGCCCUUGAUUUCCCUGAGGCUGAGAAGGCUCCAUCAGACACCAGGCAGAGGUUGUUGAGUGAUGGAAGUUCCGCCUUGCUAGGUGCUGGAAGGACACUGCCCAUGCAUUCCCAGCCACCUCUUCUUUCUGGUGGAACGGAAGAAGCUUCAAGGCAAUUGGAUCAGGUGACCUUUGAGGAGGUGGCCGUACAUUUUACAGAGGAGGAGUGGGCUCUACUGGAUCCUAGCCAAAGAGCCCUGCACCAAGAAGUCAUGGAGGAGAAUGGUGGGAAUCUGGCCUCUCUGGUAGCUUUUAGCACGAUUACAUCGCCCUCAACUAUGGAAAAAGCUGCCAACCUCUUGCUUGCUUUCCCAUCAUUUCUGCGCCCAAGAUCUCCUGGAAGCUCCUUUCCUAUCCCAGGCUCUGACCAGUUUUCUCUCUUGGUUCCAGCAGGGGAGAAACCAUAUAAAUGUCUGGAGUGCGGUAAGGGCUUCAAGCAGAGUGGAAAUCUUAUUAUACACUAUAGAACCCACACUGGAGAGAAACCAUAUAAAUGCCUGGAGUGCGGAAAGGGCUUCAGCAACAGUGGAGAUCUUAUUAUAAACCAUAGAACCCACACUGGAGAGAAACCAUAUAAAUGUCUAGAGUGCGGAAAGGGCUUCAACAAGAGUAAUGGUGACACUUAA